AUGGACCACCGCAGCGACAUUGUGCAGCAAGCCGAAGUCGGCGUCAACCUGCCGCUGCAAAUGCUGCUCUACUACAACGUCUACUUUGACGCCUUCACGUACCCGAUCUGGAUCGCUGUCUUUUAUCACAAGAUGACGGUGCUCUCGUAUGUGUCGACGAUACGCAAGUACGCCGAGAUCUGCUGCGUUUGCAUCUACGUGCCCACGGACGUACUGCGUCUCUACUUGGGCUACAGCGGGAAUCUCUUGGAAAAGGUACCCCAUCUCGUGGGCUUUGCCUUUCUGACCGUCGUGCCGCAAAUGCCCUGCAUGCUCGCCGUGCUGCACCUGGUCUUCCUCUGCGCGCAAAUGUACCAUGCGUACUACGCCUGCCGCGCCUCGAUUCGCCGGCAAACCGCCCACUUUAUGCGGCUCUGUGACAACGAGACGACCAAGAAGAAGGUCGUGUGACGACGCCAUGCGCGAGCGAUGAAGCAGAGGACGAUGAUGAUGACGAUGAUUGAAGCUCUUAGCAGUCCAAGUAGUUGGCGGCCAUGAGGAGCUCGAGCGCCAUUUCGGGCUCGAUCGCAAAGUCGGGGAUGCGCGCGUUG